AUGUCCUAUCUUGGAUUUAUUAUUCAUGAUAAGAAAUCAGUGCUGGUCCCUACACAAAAGAUACGGUUUUUAGGAUUUGCUAUUGACUCUGAAAAUAUGUUGGUUACUUUACCAUCAGAAAAAGUUGCUGAAAUAGUUUCUGAGUGCUUAUAUAUCUGGUCACGAGAAAGUGUUCCUAUAAGGAAAGUGGCCAGAGUAUUUGGUUUACUAGUUGCAAGUUUUUCUGCAGUUGAGUAUGGGCCGUUGCAUUAUCGGCACAUUGAAUGGCAGAAAAUUGAGCUGUUGAAGAUAAAUUUUGGAAGAACUAAUGUAGCUGAUAUUUGUUCUCGUAAAUUUAAUGGAAAUGUAGAGUGGAUGCUAGAUAGAACAAUUUUUCUGAAAUUGAUUGAUCAAUGGGGUAAUCCUACUAUUGAUUUGUUUGCGUCUAGGCUUAACAAACAAAUAGAUAAAUUUGUAUCUUGGACUCAGGCAAUUCAUCUUCUUGAUAUAAGAAAUAUGAAGAAGCAGAAGGAUUCUGUUAUUUUAUUGUACAGUGAUGUUUUAAAACAUUCUCGACCAGGUUCUGAUAAUACACAGGCAGUGUUGAGGUCAUAUCCGCCUGACAGGCGUCUUUGUACAAAAUUGCGGCACAACAAUUCGGUACGUAAACAUAGACUAGUACAUGUUUGCCAGCUGAUUACGGGUCAUAAUCAUAUUGUCACUUGGCGCAAUAACUCACUUAAUGUAUAUGUAUUUUAUAGGCCAUCAAAAAGGCUGUAUGAAUCGGAUAGUGGCACUGAUGAGAAUGAGACAGACACAGAGAGUAGGCCACCACAAGUUAUUGACCAAGCAACAACGCCCAAAGAGUCACAAAGCCUACUUUCAUCUCCGCCUCGCUUAUCUGCACAGGCAUUGCGAGAGGCCAGCAGUGAUGUGCAAAGUGCUUCUCCAAUACAAGGUGCUUCUGAUACACCCUUCCGUGGGCAGAUUAUUGGGCCCACUGCUGUUACACAGAUUCUCCGAGUCUUGGAGACAAUGCGAGAGAAGAAUCGUGAAAUUAAGAGGAUGGUGCAGCGAAUGCUGUUAAGGUCAGCAGCAGAUGACCAACCGCUGCAACUUCCGAAAGAUAUCUCAUUCCCUAUUCGUUAUCCUGAGCAGAUGGAAGCAUUCGAUGAGCUUCUGGGAGAUCAGACAAUGCUCUCAUCUGUGGUAAGCAUAGUGUUAGUCAUGUAUGUUGCUCCAUUAGUAACUGAAAAAAGUAUACCCCAUAUCCACUGGCCUAAAAGCGAAAUAACAUAAUGGUCUGUGGUGAGCACUUGAUGAUAAUGUAUAAUCAUUCUGCUAUAUUUAUGUUGGAAAAUAUUGCACAGUGGACAAACACUUUGCUGCAUUAAUUUCAGAAUUAAAAACU